AAUAAUAGUCUCAGUUCCAUACUUGUGGCUGCGCCCAACUUCGGCUUGAUGAGAGUGGACACCAAGUUCUUGGUGCGGGGGCUCGGGUUCUUCAACGAUGCGUACGAUCUCUUCGUCAUGAACGUGGUCAACGUGGUGCUCGAAGAAGAGUUUGGCAAGGACGUAUACACUCCCGCCAUGAAAGGGUCAGUGUCGGCGGCGGCGCUGAUCGGAGCAGUCUUUGGCCAAAUUAUGUUUGGGUACCUCGCUGACGUCCUCGGCCGCCGCGUCAACAUGAUCAUCACGUGCGCGAUCCUGAUCCUCGGUGGCGUCAUCUGCGCGUGCGCGUCCGGCGGGUCGCCCACCGGCACCCUCUGGGUCCUUGUCGUCGCGCGCGGCAUCCUCGGCGUCGGCAUUGGAGGCGAAUACCCUCUAGCCGCCGCGGCGUCAGCAGAGGACGCGUCCUCCGUCGAAGAAAGGAAUCGACGAGUCGCGCUGACGUUUUCGCUGCAGGGGCUGGGCAGCUUAACUGCCGCUAUCAUGGGCAAUCUGUACGUCGCCGGGUACGCACCUGGCCCUCGGGGAUCGGCCUCGAAAGACGAUCUGGACUUUAUCUGGCGCAGUUUAUUUGGCAUUGGCAUCAUUCCAGCAGCGUUUGUGUUCUUCUUCCGUUACCGAGCUGAGGAAACGGCGACGUUCCAACAAGCCCAACAACAGCAACAGCAGCAUCAUGGCUUGGCCAAAACCAACUCGACCACCACACCAACCAAAGCGACGUCCCAGAUCUGCAAUAAUAUUCCAGUGCGCUUUGUCUUGCAAGUGUAUGGCCGGUGGAUUCUCGGCACCGCCGGCACGUGGUUUCUGUUUGACAUUGUCUUUUACGCGCAGAAUUUGUUUUCGGCGUCAAUUUUGUCCGUCGUGGGCAUCUCCGAGCCGACGUUGACCAACGUGACAACUCAAAACGUCGUCGUCGCAUGUGUGGCGCUGCCGGGGUACUACGUCGCCGUGUACUUUAUCAACCGGCUCGGACGUCGUAAGAUGCAAUUGCAGGGGUUUACGUGCAUGAUGUUAUUGUUUAUGAUUCUCUCCAGUGUGUGGAGCGAUCUCCAGCACGACACCACGGGAUUUGUGCUCUUAUACGGCCUCGCGCUGUUCUUUUCCAACUUUGGCCCGAAUACGUCGACGUUUGUCCUGCCCACGGAGAUGUUUCCCACCGCCAUUCGAGCGCGAUGCCACGGAUUCUCGGCUGCCAUGGGCAAGUUUUGCGCCGCGAUCGGGUCCUACGGCUUUGCCCGGUCGUCCGGACAAGACAACCUCGGCGCCACCUUUGGCGCGUUCGCGGUCUUUUGCUUCAUUUCGAUCCCCCUUACGUUGUACUGUACGUUCGACAACCCGAGCCCCCUGAGCGACGGAGACGCCGAAUUCGACCGCCGCCUGCGCAUCUUUCGCGGCACGGCGUUGCAAGACGAAGACUUUAACGAUAUUGACGACGAUGACUUAGCGGACGAAGAGGUCGACGUGGAUAUUGCGGCCUCCCGUAUAAUACAUCACGGGCCUCAAUCCGUGUAAAAUAUGGCCGUUAAAACUUAGCCUAUCGUGAUGUCUAGUACGAGGUCGCUGGAAGAAGAGCCCGAUGAUUCCUACAAUACCAACGUUGGAAUAGUGCA